AUGCUAGACAUUCUGCCUGGGGCCCUGGAUAAUGAUGGUAUCAGUUCCAAGAUCCUCGAUAUCAUAUUCGAGUUGCAUCUGCACAAGUUUGACGACACCUUGGAAAAACUCGAGCUAGGAAAGCCAAAGUUCCUCUCCGUCAUCUCACAGUUUGUUGCCCGUAAUGAAAGGCUUCAAAUGUGUUUGCCCGCUUUCCCCUUCAAGUCUUCGAACAAAGUAUACAAAGUGCUGGGCACCCUCCCCGACAAAGCCGAGGAGCUGGCACUGGACCGCUUGGACAACAUGUGCAUACGGAUCGGAGAAAUAUAUACCCCUGGUGCAACCUUGACCAUCAUAUCAGACGGUCUGGUCUACAAUGAUCUUCUGAGCGUAUCCGAUCGAGACACUUGGCAAUAUGGCGAAGCUCUGCGAAAAAUGUCCAUCAAAAAGAAGCUCGCCAACAUUGAGUUCUCCAGAAUACGAGAUCUCGUCAAGUUUCCAGGGCCUGAGAACCUGAACGAGAUCACAUACGUUGCGAGUGCAACUAACUUCCGGCGAUAUCUGCUCAACGAGUUCGGCAACGACAACAUCGACAUUGACCACGAAAUAGAAACGAACGCAGACACCAUGCUGACCUAUCUGGGAUACCGACGAUUUCUGGUGUCGGAUCUCCAAUACAUUUUCCCUUUGUCAGAGGACCGCUCGAAGACCAACUACAAGAAGAACGUCAAGUUUCUCGCCAAGCAAAUGCUGAUAAGAGGAUAUGCGUUCGCUGGAGCAGUCAAAGCUGCUUACCCGCAUCACCUUCGACUUUCUAUUCACCAAUCGACCGGCGAACACAAGAUCUCACUAAGUCUCCUCAACACCAAAUCGGGUUUCACGACACCCUGGCAUUGUUGCGUAGCUCAGAUGCCUGAUGGCGAGUGGCUGAGUGCACCAAAAGGUGAUUUUGAGAAAGACGACAGGUUGGAAGUGGUCUACGAGAAUGGAGUUCCUAGUUUCUUCAGAGAAAAGGAAGUCAAAACAGCAGCUACUGUUGUCACUACUCAGGAAGCUGGUGAAGUCUCUCAGCUUGCUCACAACAGGACCACGCAGACUUCUCCACCCAAGACAGAAGGCCCUACAGUUGUGACUGCGUCUACAGCAACAUCACCGAGUGCCAGUAUAUCCGACACACAGGAUGAAAAAGGUGGUGCUCUUAACCCCUUCAUUGGCUCAGAGAACCCAGUCUUGGACCCGAAAUCUGACCGUUUCAAUACCAGGACUUGGCUUGAGUCUGUAAUGAACAUUGUCAACGGCGAUUCUGAGAAGUACCCAAAGAGAGUGGCGGGCGUUGCAUACAGCGAUUUGUCUGUGCACGCCUUUGGAAACCCAACCGACUAUCAGAGGACUUUUGCGAAUCAAGUCUUAGCCCUGGUCGACUUCACGAAGAAGAUCUUUGGCAUCCAAAGGCAGCUCAGAGUUAACAUCUUGAGAGGCUUUGAGGGCUUGGUGAAGAGUGGAGAGAUGCUUGUAGUGCUUGGAAGGCCUGGAAGUGGUUGCUCGACAUUCCUUAAAACUAUCUCUGGCGAGACGGAGGGGCUAAAUCUUGACUCGGAGUCGUAUAUAAACUAUCAAGGCGUUCCGAGAGAGGUCAUGCAUAAGGAGUUUAGAGGCGAGUGCAUUUACCAAGCUGAAGUCGAUGUGCAUUUCCCUCAAUUGACCGUGGGUCAGACGUUGGACUUUGCUGCCCAUGCGAGAGCUCCAAGGAAUCGAAUGGGCGUGGAUCGAGAUACGUACGCACGACACUUGUGUGAUGUUGUCAUGGCAGUAUUUGGGCUUAGCCAUACCGUGAACACCAUGGUCGGCAACGACUUUGUUCGAGGAGUGUCAGGUGGAGAGAAGAAGCGUGUCAGUAUCGCUGAAGCAGCGAUCGCUGGUGCUCCACUGCAAUGCUGGGACAACAGUACCCGCGGACUUGACAGUGCAACUGCGCUAAACUUUGCUCAAACUCUCAGGCUGUCAACAGAGCUCACCGGGUCGACAGCUCUAGUGUCACUUUAUCAAGCAUCGCAAUCGAUCUACGAUGUCUUUGACAAAGUCACCGUCCUCUACGAGGGUCGACAAAUUUUCUUCGGGCGAGCGGAUGUAGCAAAGAACUACUUCGUCACGCUAGGCUUCGAAUGCUUGCCCCGCCAGACAACCGCAGAUUUCCUUACAUCCCUCACCAAGCCAGAUGAGCGGCGAGUCUCACCAGAGUUCCGAGGCAAGACUCCAAACACCCCAGAGGACUUCGUUGCUGCAUGGAUGCAGAGCGACGAGCGAGCACAGCUGCUGCGGGAGAUCGAAGAGUUCAAGAACCAGUACCCAGUUGGUGGUGCAGCUCUUGACGAGUUCAAACAAUCAAGACAAGCUUCACAGGCAAAGACGCAACGCGCAAAGUCGCCAUUUACCAUCUCUUUACCGAUGCAAAUCAGGCUUUGCGUUCGACGGGGCUACCAAAGGCUGCGAGGUGACAUGGGCAUCUUGAUUACGGGAGUGAUCUUCAACGCCGUCAUGGCAUUGGUGAUUGGCUCUGUAUUCUACAAUCUGCCCAACGAUACUGGCCACCUGUACAGUCGAGGGGCGUUGCUGUUCUUUGCAAUCCUUCUGGCAGCGUUCUCGAGUGCCCUUGAGAUCUUGGCUCUCUAUGCCCAACGCCCCAUCGUGGAGAAGCAGUCGAAGUAUGCAUUUGUACAUCCUUUCGCUGAAUCAAUCGCGUCCAUGCUUUGUGACCUACCGAACAAGCUGUUCACAACCAUUGGUUUCGAUCUGGCCCUGUACUUCAUGACGAACCUGCGACGUACCCCCGGACACUUCUUCGUGUUUCUCUUGUUCACGUUCACCUGCACACUAACGAUGUCAAUGUACUUUCGAUCUAUUGCAGCCUUAUCGAAGACGCUUGCACAAGCCAUGGCACCGGCGUCAGUCUUCAGUCUUGCAUUGGUUAUCUACACCGGCUUCGCGAUCCCGACGAAGUACAUGCGACCCUGGUUCCGGUGGCUGAAUUACCUCAACCCAGUGGGCUACGCCUUCGAGGCACUCAUGAUCAAUGAGUUCCACGGUGUCGAGAUUCCGUGCUCAGACUUCGUUCCUGCAGGACCAGGAUAUGCUAGUGCUACGCCUGAAGAGAAGAUCUGCUCGACGACAGGUGCCUCACCUGGUGCCGACUUCGUUGACGGCGACGUCUAUCUGGAUGUAAACUUCAACUACCAUGCGAGCCAUCUCUGGCGGAACUUUGGAAUCAUGAUUGCUCUGAUGAUCUUCGGCUGCGGAAUCUACCUCUUCGCAUCCGAGUAUGUGAAAGAAGAAAAGCCUAGAGGCGAGGUGCUAUUAUUUCGAAGAAAGGGAAAAAAGCUGCUCCGGCAGAACUUGGACGAAGAGUCUCAUAGUGACGGAAAAGUCUUACGCAGCCGUCCCCAUGCGGCCACAGUUGACAUCAGCGCUUCGGCUGGCAUUCAGAGACAAACUGCCGUUGUGCACUGGAACAAUUUGAACUACACGAUCAAGAUCAAGAAAGAACAGAAAAAGUUGUUAGACGAUGUAGAAGGCUGGGUGAAGCCCGGGACUAUGACUGCCCUCAUGGGCGUCACUGGCGCAGGCAAGACUACACUUCUUGAUGUUCUCGCCAGCCGGGCUACGAUUGGUGUAGUCGCCGGCGAAAUCAUGAUUGAUGGUCGACCUCGGGAUCCUGGGUUUCAACGACGGACAGGAUACGCACAGCAGCAGGAUCUCCAUCUUCCUACGUCAACCGUCCGCGAAGCUUUGACUUUUAGUGCCGUGCUGAGGCAGUCGAGAGACAUCGCUCACGCUGAUAAAGUGGCAUGUGUUGACGAGGUGAUCGGAAUUCUGGAAAUGGAAGCAUACGCCGAUGCUGUCGUUGGCGUACCUGGAGAAGGCUUGAACGUCGAGCAACGAAAGCGACUGACGAUUGGUGUUGAACUCGCUGCACGUCCAGCCUUGCUCCUAUUUCUUGACGAGCCGACAUCAGGUCUCGAUAGUCAGACAGCCUGGUCGAUCGUCACCCUCCUCCGAAAGCUAGCAAACAACGGACAAGCUAUCCUUUGCACUUUGCACCAGCCCUCGGCCCCAAUCUUUCAGAUGUUCGACCGCUUACUCUAUCUUACUAUGGGCGGCCGGACUGUGUAUUUCGGCGAUGUAGGACCUUCGUCCAAGACCGUCAUUGAAUACUUCGAGAGCAACAGAGCUCGACAAUGCCGCCUAGAGGAGAAUCCAGCCGAAUGGAUGCUGGAAGUCAUCAAAAAGACCGAAAGCUCCGAGCCAGAGGUAAAGAUGGAUUGGCCGCAAAUCUGGUCAACGUCAGCCGAAUGCCAGGCUGUCAAAUCUGAGCUCGAGCACAUGAAGGCGACACUGCAGGGGAAAUCUGCCCCAGCUACUGACACCAAUGCUCUGCUGCCGUAUGCGGUACCUCUGAAUACACAGUUGUGGUAUGUCAUCCGCAGAGGCUUCCAGCAGUACUGGCGAACUCCGACGUAUUUGUAUUCAAAGGUUGCGCUUUGUCUCCUCAGUGCUCUCUUCAUCGGCUUCUCAUUUUGGAAAACACCCAACAGCCUCCAAGGCCUGCAGAACCAAAUGUUCGCCAUCUUCCUGCUCUUGACGAUCUUCUCCAACUUUUGCCAGCAAAUCAUGCCACACCACAUCACCCGUCGAGCACUCUACGAAGCUCGUGAACGGCCUUCCAAGACGUAUGCCUGGCAGGUGUUCAUCGUGUCGGACAUCCUUGUAGAAAUCCCUUGGAACACUCUCAUGGCGGUCUUGGUAUUCGUCAGCUGGUACUACCCGAUCGGUCUCCAAAGGAAUGCCGAAUUUGCGGGACAGUUUAAUGAAAGAGGAGGACUCAUGUUCUUGUACAUCUUCCUGUUCAUGAACUUCGCCGGCACAUUCACGAACAUGAUGCUUGCGGCAUUCGACACCGCCGAGGCUGCAGGAAACAUUGGCAAUCUAUUCUUUUCUCUUUCGCUGAUCUUCUGUGGAGUUCUUGCAACACCACAAGCCUUGCCAGGCUUCUGGAUCUUCAUGUAUCGAGUGUCGCCCUUCACCUACAUGGUGUCCGGCAUUCUGUCCACUGGUCUCGCCAACUCGUACAUCAGGUGCUCCGCAGAUGAGCUUCUCCGUUUCAUGCCUCCAGCAAAUACGACAUGUUCGACCUACCUAGAUCCUUACAUCAGAGACAACGGCGGGUAUCUUACACCAGAGAGCAUGGACUCUGUGUCAGAGUGUGUGUUUUGCAAGGGGAGCGACACGAACAUCUUCCUCAAGAGUAUCAGCUCGGACUACAGUGAUCGAUGGAGGAACUUUGGCAUCGUAUGGGUCUAUGUUGCGUUCAAUGUAGCGGCGGCCAUUGGACUGUAUUGGCUCGUUAGAGUGCCCAAAAGGAAGAAGGAGACUUUGAAGAAGUGA